AUGGCCGCCGUCCAGCUUCUUGCGUUGCGCCCCAACAGCGUUACCGUAGAAGGCGUCGCAUAUGGCUCCUCAACGACCCGAUAUGGGACAAAGGCGACUGGGUGGGAUGAUGGCGCGGAGGACAGCUGUUCUGGUGUCCCCUGGUCUGCUGAGGACUUGCGCAUCCGCAUGCGCUGCAUUGCUUCGGCCUGGACACAACUUCGGGGCCUGGUGGCUUCUUCACAAGUCUCGAAAGUCCAUCUGACAUCAACACGCAAAUUCAUAUUACCAAGCCUCACCCCCAAAUGGGCUCGUAGCUUCCACCCAUCUUCCACGUCCGAAUCCGACUUUUUGGAUGACGCGCCCAUAUCGGACCCAAGCCGAACUGGUGACCGACCGAGUGAGCGAAAUUGGGCAGAUUCUGGUCUUGGCGACACGCCUUCACAGGCCGAGUCCGAUCGUCGCAGGCACAAGAUGCCUGCACCUGCUCUGGAGGUCAACAAAGUGGAGGAGUCAAACUGGGGUCCUGUAUCGAAGAAGGAGAAGAAAAAGAAGGGAAGGGUUGCCUCUGCUCUAGCAGCCUUUGAGCCGGAGCCUCCAAAGAAGGUGGAACCAGAGCCUGAGCCGGAGCUGGAGCCGGAACCGGAGCCGGAACCAGAACCGGAAUCAGAGUUAGAGCCAGAGCCGGAGCCGGAAAAGAAAGAGGAAGAAAUCAUCUUCAUGACAAAGAAGGAGAAAGAAAGAAAAAAGGAAAGUCGGCGGCUGUUAUGGAGCCCGAGGUCGCUAAAGAAGAACCCGCCAAGGUCGAGCCGGAGGCCGACCUAUGGUCUACGGCCAUCACCAUCACCAAGAAAGAGAAGAAGAAGAAAGCCAAGGUGGUGGGGCCGGAGCAAGAACCUGAGCCUGAGGCAGACCCAGAUCCAGAGCCAGAACUAUUGCCCCCUGCCCCUGACCCACCUACUGACGAGCCCGAGGACAUGUGGAGAUUUGCUCUCAAAAAAGGGAGAAAAAAAGAAGAAGGGCAGCAAGACUAUCGAGCCCGAAACGAUGCCUGACCCCUCCGCCCGGGAGCUAGAGGAUGAUCCAUUGAGUUUUUCUACGAAAAAGGACAAGAAGAAGAAGAAGGGUAGCAAAGCUGUCGACCCGGAGCCGGAACCUGCGCCUGAGCCUGAGGAACCGGAAGCAGAGGUGGAAGCGUGGGGGAUCUCUCUCAAGAAGGAGAAGAAGAAGAAGAGCAGUAAGGCUGUUAAGCUUGAGCCUGAACCCACGCCCGAGCCUAGGGAAUCGGAAACGGAACCAGAGUUUGACCCGUGGGGAAUGUUUGUCAAGAAGGAGAAGAAAAAGAAGAGCAGCAAGACUGUUGAGCCUGAUCCUGAACCUGUGUCAGACCAUCCAGAUCCAAAGCCAGAAGUGGAGUCGUGGGACCCCCCUUCAAAGAAGGACAAGAAAAAGAAGAGCAGUAAGACUGCGGAAGCCGAACGCGAACCUACGCCCGAGCCCCCGGAUCCGAAACCAGAGGCUGACACGUGGGCCUUUUCUCUCAAGGACAAGAAAAAGAAGAGCAGCAAGGCUGUGGAAUCUGUACGUGAGCCUACGCCGGAACCCCUAGCCCCAGGACCUUCUGCCGUCGAGACAGAGGACGACACAUGGGGAACUACGAGCAAAAAGGACAAGAAGAAGAAGGGGAAACACGUAGAGCCUGAGCCAGAGCCGGAGCCUACGCCUGAACCAGAGCCAGAACCAGUAGUCGACCUGGGCGACAACAUGUGGCCGACAUCUUCUAAGAAAGACAAGAAAAAGAAGAAGGGCAUUGGUGUAGCUGAAGAGGAGCCAGAAAAGCACGAACCUGAGCCGGUGGCUAGUUUUGGCGGCUGGAUGGGCUGGGGAGGCAGCGCGAAGACCAAGAAAGAGACCAAAAAGAUCAAUAUUUCGGACGAGCUUGACAACGCCGAAGCUGACGCCAAGAGUGGGGAAGCUGAGGACGAUUUACUCGAGUUUCACGACAGCCACGGCUCGGUCGACGACAAGCAUGAUGACAACCCCCCGGAAGAGAUUGCCGAAGAGGAGGAAGAGGAGGAAGAGGAAGAAUCGUGGCGCUGGGGUAUCGGCAAGAAAGUGAAAAAGAAGAAGGGCAAGGCGGUGGCGGAAGCAGAACCUGAAAUCCCAUUACGUGCUCCAACACCACUUGAUGAGGAAGAGGAAGAAAAGGCGCCAGUCAGCAACGGCUUCUGGGAUGACGAUUUUGGUUCCCUGUCGAAGUCGAAAUCAAAGGAAAAGGAGAAGGAGAAGGAAAAGAAGAAGGAGCCCAAGCUGAGCAAGAAGGAACAAGAGAAGCUUGAAAAGGAAAAAAGAAAGGCAGAGAAAGAGAGGGCAAAGAAGGAGGCGCAAGAGGCGAAGGAAGCAGAGGAGCGCGCCGCCCGCGAAGCUGAAGAGGAAGCGGCGCGAGAGGCGGAGGAGGCUGCUCAGCGCGAGGCAGAAGAGAAGGUCCGCAUCGAAGCCGAAGAGCAGGCUGCUCGUGAGGCUGCAGAGGCCGAGAUAGCAGAGGAGGAGGCGAGGAGGACGAUGCUCCUAGAAAAGAAGGAAAGGAUGCGCAAACUCCCCAAGAAGGAGCAGCGGGAGCUGGAUGCUCUGAACCAAAGCGCCAGCAAGCGAGCCGAAGAGAUCGCUGCCAAGGAAGCCGAAGAGGAGGCAGCGCGUGAGGCGGAGGAGGAAGUGGCGCGCGAAGCGCAAGCUGCACGCGAGGCUGAGGAGCAAGCUGCACGAGAGGCAGAGGAAGAGGCAGAGCGCGAGCGUGAGGAGGCAGAGGCUGCAGAGGCUGCCAAGAAGUCCAAGUCCAAGUCAUCAGAGGAGGAAGUCGACAUGUUCAAGGAAAUCGAGGAUGACCUGGUCAACCUCAGCCCCGAACAGAUCGAAGCGAUCUUGGCACCAAAGGUCGAGCCCAAAAGCGAGCCCAAGAGCAACGGGACUUUCAGCUUCUGGGGGUCGUCCAAGAAGACAGGUUCGUUGCCUGAGGCAUCGCCAGCGGAGGCCGUUGCCGAGGCUGAACCAGUAGCGGCAGAAACUGAGUCAGCCGAUCUGUUGGACAUGCGGCAGGACGCUAAGAGCACCAAGACCAGUAAGAGCUCAAAGAGGAGUAGCGUGGUUGAGGAGGUGACCAAAGACGCGCCACCGAUCGCGAGGGAAGUCGUGUCAACUUCCAAAACCAAGAAGGGCGUCAGCGGCAAGAUUUCCGACCGCCUGAAGCUGUUUGAGGCUGCAGCGAACGAUUGGGACGAGCCAAUUGUCGACGAAGCACCACCGCUUCGAUCGCUGACCUUGCCGCCACCACCUCCACCGCCAGCGGAGCCAACGCUGUCCGAGAAGAAGAAAUCAAAGAGAGACAGGGCAGCACCGGUUAUUGUGGAAGAGCCGGAAGCAGCCCCACAAGCAUCUUCAUCCCGGAAGGCGCCCUCGCGCUGGUCUUUCGGAUCGCCGCUGAGCUUCUCGGUCGAGGAGAGCGAGAAUGUUGACGAGGCGAACAGGCUAGCCAACGAAGACGAAGACGAGAUUGUUGCCGUUAUCGACAUGGCAUCAACGAAGAAACCGGGCAAGAAGGGCGCUACAAGCAAGGCGGCCAAGGCCAAAGCUUCAGCCGCUUCUGUGCCUCCACCAGCACCCGUUGCACCGACUGCAGACCCUGCCAGCCCCCCCACACCGCCGUAUGAGCCAAAAACGUCGAAAAAGGAUCGCCCCAAGAUCAGUCGCGAUGGAACGUCUUGGAAUAUGUGGUCGUCCGCCGCACCGGCUGCACCGCCAGCACCACCUGCACCACCCGCACCACCUGCACCGCCGACCAGCGUGCCGACGAAGCGGCAGGUGAAGCUGCCGCCAACAUCAUCCCGGCACCACAAGGCGGAGGUGAAAAAGGACAGAGAUGAAAAGGCAAGCUCCUCAAAAGACUCGUCUGGCUCAGACAAGGCUGAACGGUCUGACAAGGCAAAGGAUGUGCCGGCCAAGGCCAUGCGGCGCCAGAGCGUGUUCACCAGCACGCCACCGAUAUCGCGCUCUGCCACGAUGCGGGAGACACGGGAGAAGCACCAUGGCGUGAGCAACGGAAGCAGGGCAACACGACGCAACUCGGUCGAUGUUACGAAUGGGCCCGCAUCGCCACCGCCGGAGCCAGCAGACAUUGUUGGAAAGGCAGCCAGGAUUCUUGGAGUAGGCCGUUCCGGAAGCCGGCGGACUUCCAAGCACGUUGAAGAGGAUGAGCAGGGCACCACAGACGCUGAGCCGGCUAUCAUGCGGUCGGAGCGACGCAGAGCAAAGGUAAAAAGCAGAGUGCACGAUAGCCGUGAUUAUGCGGAGGAUCGAGGCGCUGAUCAUCAUUAUCGUCGUCAGCAUCACCGCCAAGCAGAAGAAGAAGUGAUAGUGGACCCUCUGAGCCCGCCGAAGCGUGCGGAUUCCACGUCCGCAAAGCGAUCUGGUUUUGCCGGCUUAUUUGGAAAGCUGAACUCAGCACCGGCAGCACCGGCAGCACCGAUGCCGCCUCGCGACUUGCGACCCGAAGUACGACCCGAAGCACGGCGGCGACACACCGUACAUAAUGCGGCAGACGGGCGGGAUGGGGCUGGCAUGGGAGACGCAGAGCAGGAGGCGCGCCGCGCUGCUCGUCGGGCACGCCAUGCGGAACGGGAGGCAGCGGAUCGGAAAGCAGCGGAGCGUGCGGCAGAAGAAGCACGCCGGGCCAAGGAUGAAGAACGACGCGAGCGGCGACGGAAACACGCAGAAGAGGCACGGCGACUCGAAGAACGGGAAGCACGCAAGGCAGAGCGCCGGGCAGCAGAAGAGCGGGAGGCAGCUGAGCGCGAACAUGCAGAUCGUGAGCGAGUAGAGCGGCGACGGUUGCGCAAAGAGCGAGAGCGGUCUGAGGCCGAAGCGGAAGCCGGACGACACGCGGAGCGACGACACCGCCACCGGACAGAAGUGCACGCGCCGGAGAGCGAGCGAGAAGACGAGGAAGAGCAACGUCGUCGGCGGCGAGCCGAGAAGAAGGCGAUGCGCGAGGCCUCGGACAAGAAGAAGACGUCGUCUCGGCGGCAGUCGGAAGCGGAAGAACAGCACGUAUACUCGCGCCACGACCGGGAGAAGCGGGACAGACACGGGAAGCAGCCGAGCUGGCCGCACUCGGGCACGUCGUCGUGGGUGAAGGAGCACUCGGACGCACCGCCGCCACCAGUAGUAGGCGAUGCCGAAGCGGCAGCAGCAGAGGAAGCGGCACGGCGAGAGCGACGCGACCGGCGCCGCCACAGCCAACGCUACCACGACGGCGAGGCGACGGCAGCCGAAGACGACGGGCGUCGACGCAAGGAGCGACGGGAAGACCGACGCGGCGACGAUCGACGCGGCGAAGACCGGGACCGCGAACGAUACUAUCGGGACCGUGAUCGUGGUGAGCGCACUCGUGGUGACCGUGGCGAACAAAGACACGAGCCACAGGCCGGAUCCGAAGGCAGCGACGUUCGCAAUGGCGCCGCUUUUGACCCGACGCCGCGGAACACCUGGUGGCGAAAGUUUACGGGAGCUUGA